AUGAAAAAGGCUUUACCGGCGAACGCCAAGAUCUCCAAGGACGCCAAGGAAACAAUUCAAGAGUGCAUUUCAGAGUUCAUCAGCUUCAUCACCGGCAACGAUUUGCUCUGGGCCAUGACGACACUAGGGUUUGAAGAAUACGUCAAGCCAUUGAAGGUGUACUUGCUGAGGUUCAGAGAUAUGGAAGGAAAGAUAUGUUGUGUCCUGUUUGGAACAGGUACUGGUAUUCUGGUUAUAAAUGACGAGUUUGCAAGCUUGGAAACUGAUAUGUUAGACACACAUGAUGAUUUUAUUUCUUCUAAUGAAUCAGAAAUAAAAGAAUGGGAUUUUCCUGAGGAGGAACUAGAAUCUAAUGAUUUGGGAAGCCGCAAUUUAUCAUGA